UGAGAAUGUUGAAGUGCGUGGGCACGAAAGAGACGUGUGUAUGAAUUGAGGGCGGUGGCAGUGGUGGUAGAGAACACGGGUCACGGUGGCACCACAGACUUCUACCUGAUAACAAAUAAUUGAUACAGCGAAUACCACAUAUUUUCUUGAUGAAUUUAAAACGGUGAAUAUGGUAGUGACAGUAUAAACCUAGUGGUCGUGCUGCAGUCCAUCAUGGAAUCGUCCCUUCACGGUUCCCAUUCACCAGAUUCCGGGCCCUAUGUUAUUCCGUACUCCCUGCACUUUUGUACAGAUUCCGAACUCCACUCAUUAUUAUCACCGAUUCCGUUGCGUCCAGUUACUGAAUGAGGUACUUUUUGGCGAGCGGGUUCCUUGGCUUAUCUCACCGGAGAAUACUUAAUUUGCAGCAUGUCAGUUAACACAAUUGCCCACUGCCUAUCACUGUAAAUGAACUACGAAGACGUUCUCAACGAGAAUCACAGCUUGGAUAUCCCUCAGAGUGUGUUUGAUACCGAGAUCCAAAGGGUAGUGGACGAACUCACGUCCAAGCCUGGGUUCGACUCUUCCCUUAAAUUUGAUCCCAAACGGCACUUGGACUACCGAGGGGUUGCCAAAAAGUACGGAUUUGCCGACCUUGGUAUCACCAACACACAUGUUAAGCCAAUCAACGAAAUUGCAGCUACUGACCCGUUCAGUCUAUUUACUAUCGAAGCUGUUGACAUGAUGAAAUAUGAGAUUUUCAGCAACGAGGCGCUCCUUAAGAAACACGGAAGGCUUGUUCUGCCCGGCCAUUCUACCGGUGCUUCCAACUUGGACUUCAACAUCAGUGGAUUCAUUGACGAUACCAUCUUUUGCAAAGCGGCGUGGAAUAGUCCUGAGCUCCGUGGCAUCAUCAAUGAAAUCAUGAACGACAAGCUCACGAUUCCUCACCAAUUUUCCCUUUCUCAUGUCAAUGUUUCACUUGCCGAUAGUAGCAAGCCGCAAUUAGAUCCCGACGUGGAUUACAAAGCCUUGAAAAGCGUUAACGACAAGAUGGCUGCCGGUGUCAACUGGCACUACGAUUCUCCACCACUUGUGUGUGUGGUGAUGCUCAGUGCGCCCGAAGAGAUGAUUGGAGGUGAGACGGGAAUACGGCUUGGAGACGAGUCCAUUCUCCGGAUUCCUAACACCACUGUUGGCUGUGCCACUAUGCUUCAGGGUCGUGUCAUCAAGCACAUUGCCACUAAGCCCGUGAACAAUUUUGAUAGAAUCACCUACGUUACCAGUUUUAUUCCUGAGGAUCCCAACCGGUAUGACCUGACAUGUGCCACCACCGAAAGGCCAGCCGUCGCCACGUCUUUUACCAACGAUCGGUUCUAUCCCUUGUAUCUCGGUUACCGGUUUGACAGAGUCGAAAAAAGACUAAGUCAGUAUCGCCAAAUGUUGUUGCAAAAUUAUGAGAAGGGUGCAAAAUUUGACCAGGGCAAGGCACUAGAGUUCAUGCGAGACAUUGAACAAUAUUUAAGAACCGGGUACCAGGACUUUGAAGUUUUGGGUGAUAAAGAGUUUCCUCCACCAUUAUUUAAGAAGACGUAUAGUGAAUUGUAGUUGAUAUAAUUCAUCUCUUUGCUUAUGAUAGUCAAUAUAUUGAAGCCGUUAUUCUAUACACCAUAAUUAAAAUCUCUGGCCAGCAUCUACUUGGUGUAGGUCCGGUCGUCUUUACCUUCCAACCGUCUCCGUAUCUUCUCGGUCUCCCUCUUAUCUGAUGACAAGAUUCCUCUGGUAAACAACGAGUCAUCUGGCCGUCUGUAGGACCGGCACAACCGGUCCCACAAAGUGGUGAAUUGUCCAUAGUUAUAGUUGAAGUACAAGUGGUGGAUGGUGUGACAUGCAGUCCCGUUUACCACCGGGUCGUUCAGCAAGUAUUGCCCAUCGUGGAUCAUCACCGUCCAGAAGUUGACAAAACCGAACAAGAAUAAGUACAACACCUUGUGUAAUGGGAAAAACAAGGGAUAAAAGUGAUAGGGCAAGGACUGAGCCCAACCAUCAACUGGGUGGAAUGCAUGACUAGCAAAUGGAGUACAUACAAUCCACUUGUGAUGGGGUUUAUGUAACUUCUUGUAAACCGAAGGAAUAUGUAACCAUCUAUGGAUGAAGUAGAUUCCACAGUCAGUGAACAUUAAGAAAGUUAAUGUUUGUAACAAUAACUUCGUCUUGUUGUCGAAAAUGUCGUAUAAGGUUCCAUUUAAACGAGAGUACCCGUGCAACUCGAUUAAGAAAAAUGGCACUGUCAACAAUACCAUCUGGGGGAUGGACGUGAGGGCCUGGUGGAUUUCCAUAGACAUUUGGUUCUUCAAGUACCGAGGAUGGUUGAACACCCGUUUGUCAAAAACGGUGAGAUAAGCGAAUCCAGCCACUGAAAAGUAGGCAAUCCACCCAAAAAGACAUGUAACAAGGAAAAUGCUUAUGAAUUGUCUUACUAUAUUGGAACGGGAUAAAAUCGAGGCAUACGUGUAGGGUGAUGCAGGCAAGAUCGAGGGUUCUCCGUACACAUCUGUACUUUUUAAAGUGAGUAAUUUCUGGUAGACGUAGUUGAGGGCAGUGGGAACUUUAACGUUAAGGUCGGUGUACAAGGGCGUAGUGGCCAAGGUUGUGGAGUUUCCAGGGCUGGGCAACAACACGGCAUAUGCACGGUCAAACAAGUAGUAGUCACACGCUUCAAGAAGAAGAUCCAUGUUUGGGUAUCAAUAAAAUUACCAGAAAGCGAGUAAUAAAUAUAUUUAUACU